GUGUAACAGCUACACUGUAUGACCUGAUAUUUGUCGUUACACUUGUCCAUAUACUUUCUGUGUGGAGCUGCUUUUCAUAAAACAGUUUGCCUCCAUCUUCGUGGAAAGAAUUUUGUGAAUAUUCUUUCCAGAUCCGACAUGUCAAAAGCUUGUGAAUAAGUCGAGCUCCUUAAAGAAAUGUUCUUUUUCAAGUAACCCAACUGACCUGCACCAAGCCCCGAUCCCAAUCUAAUCUGACACCUUUGAGAUGAAUUGAAAAGAGCUGGACCUCAUCUCUUGUUGCUGAACAAGAAGAAAUACCUGCCGUCAUGUUUCAAUAUCUUGUAAGAAUGUUUGGAGAAUGGUAUAGCAGCAAAUGAAUGAAGAUUUGUAGAUCAAUCACAUGUAGGUGUAAUGUUAGGGUUUACACAUAAUUCCUUCAGCCAGCCACAUACAUUUUACCAUAUCUUUUAAAAAACUUUUGUGGUGUGUGACUCCGACUCUAAUAUUUGCAUCAUGCUGUGAAUGUGAGUUUUCUUUUUUCCGCUCAUUGCAUACACACUGUACCAUUCACUCUCUGUGGUUGGUCGUGCUGGGCUGUGACGUCAUCCUUAUCCUGGCCAAUAAUCUUGCCUCUGGCCUCUGCUGAUCCUCUUCCUGGCCACCUGUUGCAUCUUAGUGAGAAAGGUUAUCUGGAGAUCAGAUAAGACUUUAAACAUGUGCAGCUCUGUUACAUGUGGCAAUUCAAAACAGGAACAAUCAGCUAAUGCUAAAUGGCAAAUUUGCUUUCGAUCUGCAAGGGGCUCAACUGCUUCUGAUGCUUACUUCCUGCACCAGCUUAUGUCUUGGAGCUAAGCCCUCCCUUGUUUCAGGCAAGAUGUCCGUGAGAACUCUCCCCCUGGUUUUCAUUAAUCUCGGUGGAGAGAUGAUUUACAUACUGGACCAACGCCUGCGAGCUUCCAACACGUCUGAUGACAAUUCAGAGAAAGGAGUGUGGUCAGAAAAUGACAGAAAAAGAGUUAUGAAUGACAUCGUCGGGACCAUGUUUAGUAAAGCCUUUAUCGACGAACUCCUCAAACCUCAGCAGCUGUAUUCCCACAGGACCCUGAAAACAGUGCUCACUCGCCUAGCACAUGCCUCCAUCAUGAGGUUGAACCCCGCCAGCAUGGAAAGGCUUUACGAGCUGAUGGUGAUGGCGUUCAAAUAUCAAGUCUUCCUUUGUCCACGGCCAAAAGACUUGCUGCUCAUCUCGUACAAUCACAUAGACACCAUCAGGGAAUUCGUCAAAGACACUCCCGUGGUUGUGAACCAAGUGGACGAGACACACAGGAAGAUUAUUGAGGUGUACUCGUCGCUAUCGGAAGGUGAAUUCCAGCUUCUCAGACAAACACUGCUCAUAUUUUUUCAAGACAUGCAUGUUCGAGUGUCACUUUUCCUCAAGAAUCAAGUUCAGAGGCCCACUGGACGUUUUGCCCUGUCAACCUCAGGUCCAGUGCCUCAUGGGAUAGAGGUUCCAGGGUUAAUUAGGACGUGUAACAGUAAGGGCAGAGAAGUGAGACGGAGCGAAUUCCCCACUGGAGGAAGUUACAGCAGCCCUGUGAGGGAGGGAUGUUUCGAACUGCAUGGCGACAGAGUCACCAGACUGGGCAGGAACAUGUACACUCUGAGCCAUCCAGAGGAGACACGCACCUCCAAGGCUCCCUCUGUCAAGACAAGUGAUGCUCCCAACCUGUUGGCCAAGGAGGAGCUCAACCUGCUGGCUCGUCUGAUGGGCAGCAUGAAGGCUGAGAACAAGACCAAAGUUGAAGCUGGAUUUCAGAUCAAUCUAUUUACAACAGACCAAGAGGAGGAGGAAGCGGGUGAUCCAAGUGGAGCUGAGGACUCCAUGUCUGGAGUGAUAAAUAUUCAAGCCAUGCAGGAUGAACAGGCUGCUACUGAGCUGGCUCGAAUCGCUGGACAGUUCACAGAACAAGAGGAGCCUGAAAACCCCUACUGUAACAAAGGAGACGACCUGCUGGCCAUGAUGGACGACCUCUGACACCGAUCAUCUCUUCAUUUUAAAAUUAAUAAAUCAUAGUCACUGGUGUCAGUGAUGAAGUUCAAUGUGAUUCAUCAUUAUAACUUCAUUGCCUAAAUGAUUGAUGCCAACUCAGUUGUCACUGUGAGUUUAAUCUGUGCAGUUGUUGGUGUAUUCAACGCGUUUAACACGGACAUAAACUCGAGGAUAUUCAACAACCUGUGUCCUAUAAGAAUAUUUUACUUCAUUUGAUUCUAUUUAUUUGAUUGUACAACAUUCAUGUAUGAUUCUAAUGAUGUAAAUUUGUAAAUUUGCUGAAAAAAAUAAAAGCUUGGUA